CUAGUCGCGCAUUACUGAUGAUUUGGCGUUAAGUAAACGUGGUUCUAAGCAUUACGUGUCGUCGGGUACUUAAAAUUAAUUCUCCAACUUCUUGCAUCGUUCCAAUUGUCAGUAUUUCAGUCGGUAGUGCAAAAAGACAUGGCGGAUCUACUACAGGGUGUUCAAGAAGGGGCGGCAGCAGGUUCUGGGGACAUUCCCCAGGAUUUCAAGAUGCCCUCCACCGAGGAACUUUUAAAAGCCAUUGAAAACAUGGCUGAGUUGUCGGAAGAUCAGAAAAAGGAACUGGUGGACAGUAUUCUCGCGCGACAACAAGAGGGCGGUGAUGCGGGAUUUCCCGGUUUUGGCGCGUUACCCAAUGCCCCUCCUCUCGCCACUAACAACUUCCCCCUUGAGAUAGUGUGGAUGUUGUCGUUGCUUUCGAUAGUUUUUCUGAUUUUGGUGUUCUUCGGUUACAAAUUAUACAAGUCCCUCGUCGAAAGAGAUAGAAGGAGAGAAGAGAAGAAGCGCCAAAAGCUACAAAAGAAGAAGAAAUAAAAUUAAAUAAAUCUAGAAUAGACGAAAUCAUUCCGACUUAUUAAAUAAGGUAUUCAAUGUUCUCUAUUUUUCUUAACUGUAUGUUUAAAUUGUUUUAUAAAUGAUCUAAAUAUAUUCCAUUGUUGUAUUAUUGAUGUAAAAUUUUAUUCCAUAUUGUAUAGUGAAAUAAAUAAGACUUAUUUCUCA